AUGAGGGGUUUGAUAUCAGAAAAAGAGACUUUGGCACAGGAGGGGAAUACUUUAACAUUAGAGAGAGAUUCCUUGUUAUCAAAACUUCUAGAAUUGGAAUCAAAGAUUUCGUUAAUGCAACAAGACCAAGAACAACUUUGGACAAUAAAAGAACUACUUAAUUCAGAAAAUAAAAAAAUCCUAAAGCAGAAGGAAGAAGCUGAGGCCAAAAGCCAGCAGGAAAGCACAGAAAAGGUAGCACUAAUUUCUGAGAAAAGCAAAUUACUCUCUGAAAUAGAGGCAGCACAGGCAGACCUUCUGAAGAUAACUCAAGAAAAUGAUACUCUCCGGUCUUCAGAGUCAACCUUGCUCCAACAGUUGAAAGAACUUCAGGCUGAAAAAGAUGCCAUGGAUGUGGCAUGUCAGAAACAUAUCAAGGAAUGGGAAGAACUGAAAAAUUAUCAGAAGAAACUUUUGGAAGAGAAAGAUGCAGUUGUUAAAGACAAAGAUGAUGUUAUUCAGAAACUGGAAAGUUCUCAUGAGACGCUGGCCAGAGAUCAAAGACAGCUACUACAAAAAGUGUCAGCUCUUACUGCUGAGAGAGAUUCAGCCCUAGGUAAACACUCAGAUCUUAAAAAUACACAGAUAGCCUUAAAAAAUGAAAUUGAUAAUCUAUUGCAGGCAAGUCAGAGUCUGCAGUUGGAGAAGGAGAUGCUCCUUAAAAGCGUAGAAGACCUGCGUGUGAGUUUAGACGAGACGGUUGGUGAAAACCAAGCAUUAAAAGUGAGAACGGAAGAGGUGCAAACAGAACUAGAGACCAAACGUGAAGAACUUACAAAAGUGAUGAAAGACAAUAUGGAGUUGAAGGAUUCCCUUGCUAGUCUCUCUUGUCUUCUUGAGGAAAUUAAAGCCUCAAGAGACAAAUCCAAUUCUGAAUGUAUUCAGUUAGUUCAAGAGAAAGAGGCUCUGUCUUCAUCAGAACGAAGGCUUUUGGCUGAAAGGGAAGAACUUUUUACUGAAAAUAAGGAGAUUACUGAGAAGCUUGCUAAGGCCACAGCAGACGCCUUACUUGCUGAGAAAGUCUUUACUGAGAAAAUAAAUGAACUGAGCUUAGAAAAGGAAUCAGUUUUUCGUAAGUCGUUGCAAUUUGAAAAGCACAAUGAAGCUCUUCUUCAAGAGAAGAAUGAGUUAGAGAACAAAUACUUAGAGCUUCUUGAUGAAAACAAGUCUGCUGCAAGUGCAAUUUCUGAUAUGAAGAGAGAACGUGAACUGGACGUCUCAGCCAAGAGAGCUCUGGCCCAAGAGAAUGCCAUACUCCAAGAUUCCAUUGAAGCCCUCAAGGAAGAACUAAGUAAGAAGUCUUUAGAAAAUCAAGAACUAAUAGCCUGUAAGUGUGACCUUUCAGAUCUGCUGAAAGAGGCCCAGGAUGCCAAAAGAACAUUAGAAAAUGAACUGGCUGCUGUAUCACACGCCAAGCAGGUCCUGUCAUCUUCAUUCCAGACCUGUUCCUCUGACAGGGAAAUGCUGACCAGAGAGAGGACUGAAUUGCAAGAUAAGUGUCAGAAAUUAAAUGGAGAGGUUGAGAUUAUGAAAGAAAACUUAACCAUAGAAAAGGAAGCCAGAAAACUGGACAAGGAAUCAUUUUCAUUGGAAUCUGAGCUCCAGGACUUACACAGCUGUGUCUCCGAGAGGUUAGAUGAUCUUCGACACAGGCAUGAGGUGAUGGAGAAGGAGAGAAUACAGUUACUUCAGGAAAAGGACAGCCUGCUUGGUGAACAGAAGAGUCUGCUCAUCAUUAGGGAAGAAAUGCUAAAAGAGAAGGAGAAGUUCUCCAAGGAUUAUUAUAAACUGCAGGAGGAAGUGGCACUUUUAGAACAAACUAAUAGUGACCUCUCAGGCAAAUUGCUGGUGUCUCAGGGCAAAAAUCAGAUGCUGCAGGAGGAGAUGAACAAUCUGGCUUUGAAACUAAAAGAAAUGGAGACUCUCCAGGCCCAAACAGUAGCGCAAAAAAUUGAGGUAUUGAAACACAAUAGUUAA